AUGGCCACACACGAGGCUCACCACAACGCCGUCCCUCCACAGGACGUGGAGAAGGACGUGCAUACCUCUGGUGCCGACCACUACAAUGGUGCCAAUGGUGCUCAAGUAGGCCAAAACACAUACUCACGACAAGCCGGGCCUUUCUCCCGCGUUGCCGACUACCGGAACAUGACUGAAGGAGAAGCGCAGGCAUUCGGUGGUUCGCUCCAACCCGGUGUAUGGAAGCCGUACGAACACAGAAAGUUCGCCAACCCAGCACCACUCGGUCUCUCAGCCUUCGCCCUCACGACGUUCGUCCUUUCUUGCGUCAACCUCCACGCUCGCGGCGUGACUGCGCCCAACAUUGCCGUCCCCCUCGCCUUUGGAUACGGAGGUCUGGUCCAGCUCCUCGCUGGCAUGUGGGAGAUGGCCGUCGGCAACACCUUUGGUGCCACUGCUCUCUCAUCGUACGGCGGCUUCUGGAUCGCAUACGGCAUCCUCUUGACCCCCAACUGGGGCAUCAUCGCCGCGGACGGCCCCUAUGCUGCCAACUACUCUGAUCACUACUCAGCUGUCGGCUUCUUCCUGACGGGCUGGUUCAUCUUCACGACGCUGCUGCUCCUUUGCACCCUGCGCUCGACCGUGGUCUUCUUCUCCCUCUUCUUCACCCUCGAUUUAGCCUUCCUCUUCCUCGCCUGCGAGAACUACGCCGCCAACAACGGUGCGUUGACCGCAUCGCGCAACCUGCAGAUUUGCGGUGGUACUUUUGGUAUGCUUGCCGCGUUUUUGGCGUGGUAUUGCGCUCUGGCAGGUCUUCAGGACGAUAGCAACUCCUUCUUCCAGGUUCCUGUUUUCCACCUGCCGUGGUCCGACAAGGGCAAGGAGAUUCGCCGGGCCAAGAGCAACGUCGCCUAA